CUUAUCAUUCACUCGAAGACUUUCGCUAAGAAACCAGUGAAAUACGCUGUUACCAGUUUUUGUUCUCUCUUUCGUCAAUUUUAAUUAAACGAAAAAAAAAUGCGUGUCGGAAUAAUCGGUGCUGGAGCUGCAGGUUUAGCAACAGCCAGGCAUGUUUCAACAACUGGAUGUGAAAUCGAUGUAUUCGAAAUGGCACCUCAGUUGGGAGGAACCUGGGUCUACACUGAUGAGGUCGGAAAGGAUCGCUAUGGAUACCCGGUGUAUUCUGCUAUGUAUAAGGGAUUAAGAACUAACUUGCCCAAAGAAGUUAUGGGAUUUCCAGACUUUCCCAUACCAGAACAGGAUAGAUCAUAUCUAACCCAAGCAGAAAUUUUGCAAUUCCUUAAUAUGUAUGCCAAAAAAUUCGAUCUGGAACAGUACAUAAAGUUUAAUACUAUGGUACAAGAAAUUCGUCCAUAUGGUAAUGACAAAUGGCAAAUAACAAGCGUGUACAAACCCAGUGGCAAAGUGUCUGUAAAUAUUUACGAUUCUGUGAUAAUUUGCAAUGGGCACUAUAACGACCCCAUUAUUCCCAAGCUACCUGGACAGGAACUUUUUAAGGGCAAAAUAGACCACAGUCACAACUAUAGGGAUCCUGAAAAGUUUAAAGGUCAAAGAGUAUUAGUGAUAGGAGCAGGACCAUCAGGAUUAGACCUUACCCUACAUCUAUCUGGAGUAGCUGAACAUGUGGUAUUGAGUCACCAUGUAGCAGAACCUAUUAAAACUCAAUAUCCCUCUAAUGUUGAACUAAGACCCGAUGUAAAACGUAUUCUUGACUUCAAGAAGGUGGAAUUUACUGAUGGGUCUUGUUGUUGUUUCGACUCAAUACUUUUCUGCACCGGCUACAGAUACAGUUUUCCAUUCUUAGAUAAGUCAUGCGGAAUCACAAUGGACGAUAACCACAUUCAGCCUUUAUACAAACACAUGAUUCACAUUGAUAAGCCCAGCAUGUGCUUUAUUGGAAUACCAUUUAAUGUUUGCACUUUCCAAAUGUUUGAUUUACAGGCAAGGUAUUACUGCAGAUAUCUCAAAGGAGAGAUGUCACUUCCCUCCAAAGAAGCUAUGAACGAAGAUACACAAGCUGAUAUACAAGCUCGUCUAUCUAAGGGUUAUAAUAAACGACAGAUGCACAUGAUGGGUCCUGAUCAAGAAUCUUAUUAUAACCAACUAGCUGAGGAGGCAAAUACAUCUCCAAUUCCACCGGUUAUGGUUAAAUUGAGAGAUCUAAGUGUAAAGAGGUUGUAUGAUGACUUAUUAAAUUUUAGGGAUGAUCAAUAUAGGAUAGUCGAUGAACAGAAUUUUGUUAAAGUAACUGGUUAAAUAAUAAAUGUAACAUUGAUGCAUUUUCUUAAGUUAGAAA